CUCAUCAUUCUUCUCUGCAUCUUUGUUUUCUUCUUCGUUUUUAUAGACUGCUUGCUUAUAUCUAUAGUUUCAGACCGUCGCGUUUUAGAUCGUCACCGCCUCAGGGGCUCCCUAGCCUGUUCAACAUGUCCGAUCUGCCCCGCCUCGUCCCCGAAACGUCGCAUCAAUCUUCGCCUCGUUCACAGCAUGACUUCUCUCCAUCGUGUCCUUUCUGUGUUAUAGCACGCACAUACAGUCCCAUAUCGCCGUUAGCCGCGGCGGAAGACAGCCUGGAGCUAGAUCCCGACAAGCUCGAGCCGCCAUCGUUCGUCCUCUACUCAUCGGCACAUGUCAUAGCGUUCUUGGAUAUCAUGCCCCUGACGAGGGGCCAUGUGCUUGUUGCACCUCGGAAGCAUCGAGUCAAGGUCGGUGACUUGAGUCCAGAUGAAGGGGCUGAGAUCGGGCGUGUUCUUCCCGUGUUAGCACGCUCAGUAAUGAAAGCAGUCAUGCCAGAUAUACCACACGAAGAGGCCGAUUACAAUGUUGUUCAGAAUAACGGUCCUGGAGCGGCCCAGGUCGUCCCACAUGUGCAUUUUCACAUUGUGCCGCGGCCACCUUUGAACUAUGUCACGCCUCCAAGGGCGCCGUCAGCGUCGAAAAGGAAGCAGUAUCCGCCCAAUGCUCAACCAUCCGGACACAAACGAACGAUGAUCCUGUUUGGACGCGGAAUGCGAGACGACCUAGACGACGAUGAUGCCGCCGUACUAGUGGAAGAUAUGAGGCGAUGUAUAAAGGAACAGUGGGUGGUGAGCUUCAGUGAAAAGCGGGAAGCUGAAGUGAGCGACAACUCCAAGGGAAACGGCGGAACGAAGAAAGGCGCAUGGAAAGUCUAGCACUACACCUCUUGGACGAGAUCCAAAAAACUUGACCGAAUUCUAAGCGCUCGUCGCAGCUGCUAAGAAACGGAUAUAACCAAAAUUGAACAGCAGGCCUCAAAAGAAAAUAGCGCUACAGCCGAAUUGUAGUUGAGGUGUAUCCUCAAUGGUAUGCCAUUUCAAGGUGCAAAGGAUCGACUAUGAGGGGUUCUGUGACUCCCGAAAAUGCUGGAAAAUUGUCCGCUCCUGCC